CGCGGCGUGCCGUGGCGUGAGGUGCCGCGCGGUGCCGGCGGCAUGGGCUGGAUGCCGGCGCAGGGGCGGCUGGCGGCGGGGCUGCUGGUGAACCUGGCCGCCUCCAUCUGCAUCGUCUUCCUGAACAAGUGGCUGUACGUGCGGCUGGGCUUCCCCAACCUCAGCCUGACGCUGGUGCACUUCGCCAUCACCUGGCUCGGCCUCUACCUCUGCCAGGCGCUCGGCGCCUUCGCCCCCAAGAGCCUGCGGGCCGCCCAGGUGCUGCCGCUGGCGCUCAGCUUCUGCGGCUUCGUCGUCUUCACCAACCUCUCGCUGCAGAGCAACACCAUCGGCACCUACCAGCUGGCCAAGGCCAUGACCACGCCGGUCAUCGUGCUCAUCCAGAGCCUAGCGUACGGCAAGAGCUUCCCGCUCCGCAUCAAGCUCACCCUGGUGCCCAUCACGCUCGGCGUCUUCCUCAACUCCUACUACGACGUGAAGUUCAACGCCCUCGGCACGGUGUUCGCCACGCUGGGCGUCCUGGUCACCUCGCUCUACCAAGUGUGGGUCGGAGCGAAGCAGCAUGAGUUGCAGGUAAACUCCAUGCAGUUGCUGUACUAUCAGGCACCCAUGUCCUCGGCCAUGCUGCUGUUCAUCAUUCCCUUCUUUGAGCCAGUCUUUGGAGAAGGGGGCAUAUUUGGGCCCUGGACGCUUUCUGCUGUGAUAAUGGUGCUGCUGUCUGGUGUGAUAGCCUUUAUGGUAAACUUGUCCAUUUACUGGAUCAUUGGAAAUACGUCGCCUGUCACAUACAACAUGUUCGGACACUUCAAGUUCUGCAUCACGCUGCUGGGAGGGUGCCUCUUGUUUAAGGACCCCCUGUCUGUUAACCAAGGCCUUGGCAUUCUGUGCACGUUGUUUGGCAUCUUAGCCUACACACACUUCAAGCUUAGCGAGCAGGAAAGCAGUAAGAGUAAAUUGGUUCAGCGUCCAUAAAGCAGGGUUUUCUGGAGGUUACUAUGUUACGUUGUGGGGGACAACGGGUAUUUAAAUCUGCAUUGAUUUUAGAAUGCACAGAAUUGCCCCAUUCAUUUCGAGCGGUGGUUUUCAUUUAACUGCCAGGAUCGUUAUUCUGUAACUAAAACAAACAAGCUGAAUGAUGUGAAAUGUCAGAGUUUUCCUAUCUCACUCUGUCUGAUCAUCUUCAUUACAUUACAUUACAAAUGGUAACUUAACAAAGAAGCUGGCACGCUUCAAACUGCUGUGGAAAUAUUACUAAAGUCAUUAUAUAUUUUGCAUACUACGUGAGAUGGUGGUGGCUACUGCUAUGAGAGAGGGAAGUAAUCUCACCUUUGUGAUCAUGUCCAUGUUGUGGUUGUGAAGAAACUCGGAGGCACUGUAAUGCAGAUGUUCUGGCUCUUACGCUUCCUCCCUUUUGUCUGGUAGGUGACAGAGAGCAAAGGUACUUCGUUUUGUUGUUGUAAUGAGGGCUCCGAGCUCGUUCCUAUUUCUUAUAUGCUUGACUUGAAUACGUUGAUAAAUUAGGUAAAAUUUCUGGUGGAGGGAGACAGACUAGAGGAGACACUGGAAAACUUGAAGCCCCAGGCCAAGCUGUAGAUAAACAGGAGAAGAGAUCUAAGCAGUUACCUUCGGUUCUUCUUUUAAUCUAUCAGGGCGUCGACUCAUUCAUUAGGUUUUUUAGAAAACCUGUUAGCGCUUCGCAGUUUUCUCUUUGCCAAAACCAAGGCUUGACUUGAGAUUGCGAGCCUAUGAAAAUCUCUGGUUUCACGGUGGCCGCCAAAUACUUAGCAGCCCGUGCUCUGGGCAGCCAUGCUCAGAAUACCCGUGGAGAAACGUUGCCAAGGGUGGCUGUCUGCGGCAAGCGGGGGCUGCUGGGCUCCCCUCCCUCGCCCCGCGUGAGUCACGUUCUUCGGGGUCUGCGCCCCGCCACACUCCUUGUUCCGAGGUACGGCCCGGGCACACAAGCCCCUAAGUGCUGUGAGGCCUGCUUUGGGAUUGGGGGUUCUGUGCUAAUUCGGGAACGCUUUGGAAAUGACUUUGUGCCAGUACCAAGCGCUGAUAUGACAGCAUGGGAGGAAGAAGUUGAGUGCCGUUCUAUUUUAAGUAUGAAAGAAAAAAUAAACGUGCUCGGUAAAUCUGGUGAAAACAUAUGUUCUCUAGAUUUGCAAGGUUAGAAUUGAUUUGCAGUAUCUUACUUCUUACAUUUUGGGGUUUAUUUCGUCUUCAUCUACCUCUAGCAGAUUUAAAGAGGGAAAUGACACAAACAUAAACAGGUAUGGAAGUUUACAGCCGUGGAGAGAAAUAUUUAGUUCCUAGGAGCUCAGUCUUUGUGUAAGAAGCAAUGCACAUCUUCUGAAGCAUAUAAAUGACUUAUUCUGUUACACAGUUCUCCAUUUUAGAAAAAAUUACUGCUCUGUGUAACCUGAGUUUGCACUGCAACACUCCGUAACGUUUCAGAGUUAGAACUACCUGAGUAACUUUACAUCUCUGCUAACUGUGUCGUAGACGUUGUACUUGUCCAAGGAUAAUUUUUUGUAUACUUUUUUGUAAUUCUAUAAUUAGUUUAAAAAUAGAGCCUGGACUGCUGAGAGAUGUGUUCGGGCAGGGCAGUCUCUGGAUGCGCAUCUCUCAGUACAUACUCUGAGAAAGCCAUUUGCAUUAAUUUGUGCUGUGCACAAGUUCUUCUAAAACGUAGACAGGCCACAAAGACUCCUACGGUUUGGGAAUGGCGACGGAAUUAGAACUCUGUGUGACAGCAGCGUGUGAGGUGGGACUGAUGUACAUAUCAAGUGGCAGAAUGAACAAAAGAAAAUGCUUGCAAAUACGAAAGACUCUGCAGGGAGAGGAGCAGAUCCACAGGAGAAAGUGAAUGGUAUUGUGUAAAAUGGAACUCUGCAAAUGCUGCCUGAUUCUGGAACGUAUCAGCCAUGUCGGUCACCUACGUGACGUGAUAUUUUCCAUAUGCUCAAGAACUCUCCCUUGAGAUGUACCUAUUGUCCCUAACUAAUGAAGUAUCUUGAACUACUUCUUUGUCAUAUGAUUCAAAAUGUUAACUGCGGGAAGCUUGUGUAAUUGCUGGAUAAAUGAUCUCUUUAUAUGUGUUGUUUCUUUGGAUGCCAUGUGUAAGGUGGAAAUAAAUUUUUAACACGA